CAAGGACAGUUCAGGUCAGUGGCUCAGGAAGGAUCAGGGGGGAUCUUUAUUCAGGUCAGUGUGUUGUACUGGUGAAGUUUAUGACAUGCUUGGUAUUACGGAGUGGCGCGAAUUCUCCUUGGAGUAGUUUUGCCCUCUGGUUCUGUUUCAGGAGGACUUGCUGCACACAAGUGCUGUCCGGUGCUUGCCUAUGCUGACCAGCCUGAUCGGUGGUAGGGGGGUUGCCAUGCACCCACGAGCGACUUCACUGUAUGCUUUAUGUGGGUUCAGGAAAUUUGACCCCUCCUCAGUCUGCCGCGUCUCCUAUCUCAGCCGCGCUAGUCUUAAGAACAGAUGACUUGCUUGUGCUCAGAAGGAGUAGGCAAGCGAAGUUGCGAGUGCACUAACUGUAAUGUAGUUUGUGUCUUUCAGGGAGGGAGAGGAGGAAGAGGAGGUGGAGCAGGAGGGAGAAAUGAAAGGACAAUCAAGUGGAGGAGGGUGAAGAAAAAUAGUACGAGGGAUGUUGGAAGAAAAGUAUAUUAGGAGGAAAUACAGGAGGAGGAGGAGGAGGAGGAGGAGGAGGAGGCUACACAUAUGUUGCGGAGACUGCAGGUCUCUGCAGGUCUUUGCGGGGCUCAUCGGGAGCAGGUUCUUCGCGUGUUUUUGGAUAUAUUGCUGCUUUUCUCCCUUACACGGUGUUUCGCCCUUGUGAUGUUUCAGCAAUGUCUGAAUAUUUUAUAGGUUGUUUAACUUGUUACCAUCCAGCCGCAGUGGUAGGAGAACGAGGUGGCGGCGGCGGAGGCGGCGGAGGCGGCGGAGGCAGAUAUGUGGAGAGACUACAGGUCAAUCUCUAUAGGCUCAGUGACAUCAGUCACUCUUUUAUUGGUGCUUUCUUUGCCCCGCUUAAGCGGUGUGUCAGCUUCUUCUCAGUAUGAGGCAAUGUUUGGGUAUUCUAGAGGUGUUCUUGUGCUUGUGUGACAGUCACGCGGGCAACGGCAGGUAAGUGCUUCAAACUGCUUCCAUUCUUUAUAUUGUUUCGUGUUCGUCAUUGUACUUUUCGACAUAUGUUUUCUCCUACUGUCACGUAAUUGCAAUGUGCAGCAGUGUUUUUUAUUUUUAUUUUUUUUAUUUUAGGGUGUUCAUCUGAAGGUACCGUCGCUAUACCGAUACUCAGGUGCACGAUCUGGCACCGGGCAACAUGCGAUGUAUGUUUUCGCUUCCCCUUGUGGCUGUGGAGCUCAGGGUUUGAACUCUGAACAUGCUUCAAAUGAGAAGCCGGAAGGUGGACAUACCCGACACGUAGAUUCUAGGAUCAGGCAUUUGCAUAAGAUGGAAAACUCCAGCCAUUUUUUUGGCUGGGCUGAGCAUUCUUGGCUUGUUAUUAAUAGAGUUUAAAAGAUAUAAUCAGGACCAGCUGAGGAGCGUAAGGCGAAGAGUUUAAAAAGAGGGUUUGAUGUGUGCGAUUGUCGUCAUGGAACUGGGCAGAGUGUGAGUGUGAUCUGCAUCGGGAGGUGGAAACGAACAACAGAAGAGAGGUGGGAGAUCGACAAGACCGAUACACACGUUCCUGACCGAAUUCCAUUUGCGUCAGAAGAUCCAGGCAUCAGAGCGUGUCGACCGAGCAGUGGUGAGGUUUAUUAUGGAAACUGAGUGCCAAUGCUUUGGUCCCACGCACUGGACGAUAAAGUCAAACCGCCAAUUCCGUUUCCAAGCUAUUCGGUUUGCACACGGCGGGUCAACAGGCGCUUGGCGUAUGGGACCAGAAUGGCUCGGAGACGCCUGGCUAAAGGAAAACAUUUUGCCUCCAUGCCGGUUCAUUUCUCGUUUUACGGCUGCGGCGGUAAUCUGGGUCGGGAGAAAGAGGCUCAGAGGGACUGGUGUUUUAAGGUGGAGAGAUGGGAGGCAAACGAUUGCAGUGGAUGUAACUGCUGCACCACAUCCAGGGACCCCCCCGCAUGUCGAAGCACGCAAACUUGUGACUUAAGAGCGGUGACGAUGUUUGUCACUGGGACCGUGCCGACCGCUGGAACCGAGUGCCGACCGCUGGUCUCAUUCAACGAAGCGGUGGUUUUGAUGAUAAAGUUAAGGCGAAGUACAGGGAGGUGGAGUGGGCGUGACAGUCGUGACUGCUGCAGCGGCAGAUCCGGGAACCAGCGUGUCAAGCAUCUGAGUCAGUCGGAGCAGCGGUUAUGUUUGUUAGGUUACUGGAGCUGUGGGUUGGGCCUGCAGCGAGUGGACAGCAAAUCACAGCCGGAGAGCUGGACGGCGAAAGACGUCAAUGGGUGCAGCUGUCCUGGCAUGCAUCACCAGCCAACCGACAUGAUUACAUGUGGGUUGAGUAGUCUGUGCUUGCCCUGAUACCUGACGACUUGUCAAUGGACACAGCUUGCGGCCCUUGGUAGCACUGUUAGUCCGUCUGAAUGGCUGCCGACCGUUCCCUGUGUUGGUGCAAUUGGGACUAUGGGGCCUCUGCAGGACUGGCCAAGAAGUAUGGAUCAGGAUAAAUGGGAAAAAAAAAAAAAAAAAAAAAAAAAAGGGAUGACUGACCAGUCAGCACGAGGAGCUUCUGACAGUGUUAUCUGACAAAAGAAGAAAGAGUGUCCGAUAACAUUUCCGUUUCUGCUGAAACGCGGUACUACCCUUUUUUGCAGCGGAUGGUUGGAGUUGUGGGGUUCUGUAACUUUUGUUUGAUUUGUGCAUAAGUGCAGGUUCGUCGUUGGCACAGGAAGAACACGAUGUGUGUCGAGGUGACCGUAUGACGAUUGUCGGCUGCCUCUUUCGAGUCUUUUUCAAUGUGUGUCCUCUUUCUUACCGUUCGUUUCCUGGAGCAUUCAUUUUUUUUUCCUUCUUUUUUCGCAUUCGCAAAAUUUAGGAAGCAGCCUAGAUUUACAAAUGUCUUUUGCAAGUAUGAAGCAAAAUGAUCGUCGACUCUGUUGCGUUGACGUGGGUGAGAUUGAUUCCGUGCGCCGAUUGGACCGAUGCCUUACGUCGCAUCCAUCCAUCCAUCCAGGUUCUUUUUGUUGUAGGGAGGAGUAAUCCCAACUUUGGACUGUGUUUGUGAAGAGAAUGUCGUCAUUGUGAUGAUAAGAGAAGUUACAUAACUGUGCAGGCUGUGCAGCUUGUGGAGAACGAAAAGCGAUUGACACUUUGUCAAUCGUGGAGCAUUCCUUAGGAACAUAAAAGGGAACACGCGUUCUACACAGUUUGUUCCUGAUUACUCUCGGAAUAGAGAGAGGGACGUCAAGGGCGUGCGCGAUAAAGCGAGUCCAGGGAGGCUUAGGAGCCCUAGGAGGAGGCUUAAGGUCAUCGCUGGGUAAACUACAACUGAAGCUAACCAGCUGUUCUGUCUGUUCAUUUGACAGCGAAUCCCCCUCUCCCCACUUUGCUUUCCUCCCCCACACCCAUGCCGCCAUCUCCUCUCAUCCCCUCCAACACCCCCCCCCCCCCCCCCCCCCCCCCCCCCCCCCCCCCCCCCCCCCCUUCCCUCCACGCCUUCUUAACUCCCCAACCCCAUGAAUCCCCGCCAUCUCCUCUCGUCAUCUUCCGCCCCCCUCCCAACUUUUCUCAAUCCGCCAACCCCAUGAAUCCCCGCAUGGUAUGUAUAGGAUUGUAAAUAAGUCUAAGUACGUCUGUAAAGACUGUAAGAGUUAUCGAUGUUUGGCGAUUUGUUUCGGGCCGAGAAGGGUGUCUUCCGCAGGAAAGCUUAUAUCUCUUCUUCUUCUUCUUCUUCUGCUUCUUCUUCUCUUCUUCUUCUUCUUCUUCUUCUUCUUCUUCUGCUUCUGCUUUUUUUUUUUUUUUUUUUUUUAAUCUCUUCUUGACCUGGAUUGUUGGCAAUAGAGAGAAUGAGUGGGAGGUGAAGGUGGCUGGUGGACGGAUCGGCCUAAUUUGAUUUGGAGUUUGUACUUUGAACCCUUCAGUAGUGAUCUGUUUCAUAGCUUUGUACAAGAACAAACUAGUCUAUGAGGUCUUCUCAUUCCUAAUAAUAGUGAGUUUGUGUCGUUGGUGGCCAGACUUGGCUGGAAGUCAUGUGUCGUUGGUGGGCAGACUCGGCUGAAAGUCGUGACCAUGCAUCUGAAGUUUUCUGAACUGGCAAGGCUCUUCCUUGUCGUGCGGACGUCGUACUUUGCGUCAGACGGUUUCCGUUGAGGAAGGGCUGUUAUUCGCUCUCUUGUCGGUGUGUAAAAGGAUUAGGAGUGCACUUUGCCACUUUCCCAAUUGUUGGGAGUUUUUUUCUGCAUUUCUUUGCGUCAAAUGACGCAGGUCUUUAGCUAGAUUCUGAGCACAUCUGCUUUAAAUCACAGUCGCUUUGUGUCAGAUUGUCACAGAAUUG